AUGACAUCCAGGCAGACGACGGCCUCUGAGGCUGCACUGGUUCCUCUGUUUCUGGGAAAACAGCGAUGCAAUGUCACAUUUGUCGUGGACAGCUCAGAGAAGACGAGAGCUGCCCUGGGGUCAGUGAAACGCCUGCUGAUCCAGACCCUGCUGACAAAGGCCUCGCUCAGGGACUCUCUCUUCAACAUCAUGACGUUCUCAGGCAAGUUAACCUGCUGGUCCCAGCACAUGCUUCCCUGCGCCCCAGACACAGUGUACAUGGCUCUGUCCUGGAUCCACUCCAUCAGCUGCGGCCCCGGCAGAGACCUCCUGGCCGCCCUGAGCAUGUCCCUCACUGACCCCGCCUGUCAAGUCAUCCACCUGCUCUGCACGGGCCUCCCCGGCCAGCCGGAGGCAGUGCUGGCAGCCCUGCCGGCUCUGGCGGCUGGGAGGCCUGUGAAUGUCUUCUACCUGAGGUACUCAGGUGCUCAGCUGGACAGAAACACCAGAGACUACCUGCAGUGUUUGACCCAGGCCACAAGAGGGAGCUGUUAUGUGAUUCCAGUUGCUUUGAAUGGAGUGCUGGAGGAGGAAUCAUCAGCAAAGACAAUCUCUCCAGUGAAGUGUUGCUGUCCGUCCACUUCCGCCUGGAUCUCACACAACAGCACAUCAUCGCCUCUGCUCAGUCUGGGUAAUCCAUCAAUCCUGUCUGCUCAAACCCUGGGCGGUUCAGAGUUCUUCCCAGGAUGCCGAGUGCUGGCCAGGAGGGAGGUGGAUGGCCUCUACUACCUGGGAACUGUAAUACAGCAAGUACAGGGCCGCGGAGGAGUUUGGGUUGUCGAGUUUGACCAUCCAGGAGGCGCUAGUUUGGGGGUCGUCUCCUCCCAGAGGCAGCUGGUUUGCUCCCUUGACAUGGUGAACCACACCAGAGCUCACACAUGCUAUCUGGUACCUGGUGACGCUGUCCUGUCGCCAUGGGAAUCAGAUUUGAGAAGAUACGGGCCGGGGAGAGUGAUGGCCGCCACCGAACACAGAGAUGGCUUUGGAGUUGAUGUUAAGAGCCUCCGGGUGCUGAUGUGGAAUGGUUGUGUGUCUCUGGUUCCCGGCAGCCUGGUUUUACCCAUUUCAGCUCCUCAACAUGUCAGAAUAGUCAGGGAGCUCCAAAUCCCGACAUCAGCCUCCAGUCGUUGUUGCAGCUGGCUUUGUGCUCGCAGCUCCUCCUGCCCUCCCCAGCUGUUCUGCACCGAAGGCUGUCAGUCUUCAUCUUGCUGCUGUUCAUACUCAGACCCUCAGCCAUGCUUAUUUCCACUCAGCUGUAGGUCCAGCUUUGGAGGAACCGAUGGCUUUGAAAGGGCAGAGCAAGAUAAACAGCCAGACCUAAAAAAUACCCCGAGGUGUUACCCCGAGGGGCCCUCACCCUCCUCCUCUUCAUCUCUUUCUGAAGAUGAGAGCAGAGUGAAGCUGAGGCGCAAACAGCAGCGUCCUCCCUGGAGGUACUGGAGACAAACUGGAUCAGAGCCACAACACAGACAGCCAGGGGCUUUAGAGCCAAGGAGGACAUCACAACCGGUGAGGUCCAGCUUCUUUGACCCACAGAUCAGUGCCUCGCCCAAUCACAGCUCUCUCUUUCAGUCACUUCCUGGUGCUAAAGGAAGAAGAGCGAACAUCAGGGAUGUUUUUGAAACGACCAAGUUCAAACCUCGACCACCAGCGGCACUGCGGCCCUUCUCUUGCAACAAUGCUACUUCUGUUUACACAUAACAGAUAAAAUAAAGUUAAACAACAAAUUGA